UCAUAUUUCUUUCAACCUAUUUUUAUCUCCACUGCGCCCAUAAAUUGCACAUUUGUGCCAUUUUUGACAUCUCAUUUGAUUCUCAGAAACCCUAAUUUCCUCGUUAUUUCGAUACUCUCUCCCUUUGGAAAAAAUCAAAGGUGCUCGCAGUCGCAGCGAUUAGUUCAAAGAUUGUAAGCGAUCGUGAAUCGUCGACAAAGGUUCGUGUCUGAAUUGAAGUAGUGUCAUCACCAUGAGAUUGAGAAAGGGAAAUAAGGUGGAGAUCCGUGGCAAUGCUGAUGGACUUAGUGUGGAAUGGUGUUGUGCUCGUAUAAUUUCUGGUGAUGGACACACCUACAGUGUCCAGUAUGACUGUUCUAGCACAACAAGCGAGGCCAGCAUAGAGAGAGUUUCAAGGAAGGCCAUCAGACCAUGCCCCCCUCUUAUUAAAGGUAUUGAGAGUUGGGCAGCAAAUGAUCAUGUGGAGGUUUACAUUGCCGGUUCUUGGAGAGCAGCCACUGUUUUGAAAGUCAUUGGUGGAGAUUUCUACUUGGUUAGGUUGUGGGUAUCUUGCAAGGAGUUUAAUGUCCUCAAAGUAAACAUGAGGGCACGCCAAUCUUGGCAAAAUGGACAAUGGGUUGUCAUGUCAAAGGGAUCAGGAAUGUCUGGAGAUGUGAUGUCUAGCCGGUAUUUGAUUUCAAACAGUUACAAGGAUCAACCUGAAAAUCAGUGCAGAAAUAUUUUUUCUCCAGGAUUAGAUGCCAGUGGUCUUCAGGAAUCUCGUCUGGCUUCAUCUUCAACAUUGAAGAGAAUGUCCCCUUAUGACUCCUCUGUUAUUGAGGCUUAUCCCAGAAAAUUAAGGGAUGUUGAGAAUAUGGGUGGGUGUGAAAGGUUCAAAGCUGUAGCCACAGCCCCCUUGCUGCAAAAGGUAGAUGCUGUUGCUUACCCACAAAAUAUUAUGGGUGAAAAAUGCAUGCAUACUUCCUAUACUAAUGGUGCCAACCAAUAUUAUGAAACAGGAAAGGAGAAUCCUUGUAAUGUUUCAACACACUUUCUUGAGAGAAUUGAAGAACCUGAUUAUUCUUGUAGUGAUCAGAGUUCGGUUGGCAGUUGUAGUGUGAUAAGUAGUAACUCAAAUAAAUUUUCCAGUGAUACUUUAGCAGGUUCUUGCCAGGAUGAAGAUUCCCUUUGCAGUGAUGCAGAAUCUCUAGAUGUUGAACCUGUGAAUGAAGGAUGCUCCACUUCUUUCGAAGAGGUUGUAGCAGAAAGAAUUCAUAGGGCCAGUGUAGGAGGCUUGCAUGCCUUGCUUCCAAUGGCUAAGUAUGAUGCUAGUAUGUGUUAUAUCAGGGUAGUUAAUCACACUGGAUUUCUGUCACAUGGCCUCCCCAUGAUGCAUAAGCAGAUGUGUGGUGUGUUGACAUGGCAGCAAAUUGCAGCUGCAAUAGUGCUUUGCGGCUGUUACUCCAGACUGUUUUGGCUAUGGAUACAAUGGGUCUCAUUAUAUUGCGAUUAUUGUUGAGCUGAUUAAUCAUUUGACUCGCAUAUCAAAAGGCUUGUGGAAAUUAAGUAUGGAGAGAUGAUGCGAAACUCUGAUGUAUAUUUUUGCUUGUUUAUAUAAAUAUGCGUCUGUAAAAUCUGAUAUGUUUUCCGUAUUUGUUCUGAUCCUGUUUACGUUGCAAAUAAUCAAAUUUAGUCCAUAUACGAUGUUUAAAUUAAUGUGCUGUUGGAUCAAUCAUAACGUACUCUCUAUCCUUUGUUUUCAGUAAUGAACUUGUCCUAUGCUGAUAGUUGCCUUAAUCAUUUAAUUAAGAAGUCCAGCGCAAGAUUGACCUUGACCCCUCUAUAUCUGGUGCAGACUUUGUAUGUCAGAUAGCUGCCAAGCAUGUGUGAUACUGGUUUUGAUUUUAUUAUUAUUUUUUACAUUUUCCAAUUUCUGCCUAGUAAGUUGAGUUUGUAAUAUCUCUUGCUAAACCAGCUCUUCAUCUAAAGUCUUAACAAACAAUUUUGAACCAGGAUGCUAUUUGUUUUUCAAUGUAUACAUAAUUGGGGUUCACUUGGGAUUUUUAGAACCA